AUGACGUAUGAAAGAUCAAACAGGAAUACCAAUAAUGAUGACGUUGAAAAUAUGUGGGACAGCUACUACAAGCGAUGUCCUGUGAUAGAUAAUGAUGUAAAGGAUGCAACCAUGGGUGACGAAGAAAAAAGAAGUGAUGCGGAAGAUGAAUAUGAGGGGAUGACUUUUACAAGGCCCAUAUACAUUUCGCAGUCUAGUCGUAAUAGCUUUGCCGAUAGAGAUAAGAAAUCAAAGCCAUCAAUACCCGUAAAUAAGAUUGGAAAAAUAUCAAAACCCUUUAAACAGUAUGUUAAUUCUGAAGCUCCUAUAGGAGGUUCAGGGAUUGAUGACCAUUCAAUUAAAAAAGAAAGAAUGAAAAAAAGGAAGACCAAAGUUUCACGAAAAACAGAGAAAGUGGAGUCUUUGCAAAAGGGUAAUUUUUUUGAAUAUGGAGAUCCUGUGCAGGGAUACAAAUUUUUAGGUUCGAGAGAUGAUUAUGAUAAAUUUCAAAAACUACAGAAAGAUAAAAAAGAUACCAAUUUAACUGAUGAUACGAUUACAUUAAAGAAUGAUGAUUCUGAGGAAACUUUAAUUUUGGACUAUUGGAAUGUCACUCCUAAUCAACUAAACGAUUCUUCAGUUAUAAAGACACCGAUUAUACUGGAGAAAAUAUCGGAAAAUAAUCUGGCUUUAGUGGCAGAAAAGAAACUAACAAAGGCAAACAUUGAAUACUUUUAUAACGAGAGCUCUAAGUUACUAGGGAGAGAUUUAGGUAUCUUAUUGAAAUGGGAACGUGUUAAAUGGCAUCCAGACAAACUUAUAAAUAAUAUGAAGGGAAAAGUAGCCGUAGAUGAUGCCUUGUUAAAGAAAGUAACGCAAUUGUUUCAAAUUAUCAAUGAAUUGUGGGAAAAGUCGAUAUAG